AUGACAGAUCCGACCUCGUCAACUCCUUCGUCGACCGGAAAUGGAGGACCGAGUGCAACCAUUACUACCGGAAAUCAAGUGCCACCCGACUAUGAUUCCGGGGUGACCAACGGCGAUGUCGACUGGUUAUUCCGAGGGAAGUCGAAAAAGCUCACGAAAAAAUUAAACAACGCGAACAUUGAUAAAGAACGUCGUUCCAGUGUUAUUUCGAGAGAAACCGAAUCCAAGGACAAAACUACCUUGAAUUCUACUAAGAGUACCCCAGUGAAUGAACCUAUAAAAGAAAAUCCGGCCGAAAACGACGAGAAAGUCGAAAAAAACGACCAAGAAAUAUCAAAUUCAGGAUCGAAUCUCCCCGAAAAAACGUCAAAAGAAGCUAAUGAAACCACCGAAAAGCAGACGACACCGGUGGUUGUUCCGAAAAGUAAAUUGGGCCGGAUUCGGUCAUCCUCAACGUCACUUUUGGGCACAUUGAACCCCGAAUCUUCUCUUCCCAGAAGGCGAGGAAGCACCUCUUCUGCUGCUUCAGGAUCAUCUGUUUCUUCAUCUUGCGACACCGACGAGUCUUCUGCAACGAAACCUGGAUCUGGAGGCAAAACUAGGUCACUUUUCAGCAGUUUUUCAUUAAAGUUCAAAUCUUCAACUCCGUCUUUAUCAACGUCUCCAAAGAAUAAUAUCGCCCCAGUUUCGGCACACAACAGCUACUCGCUCACAGGAAUGCCCAGUGUGUCGUCGACUCCCAGCGCCAAAAUUAACACCAAUUUGAUAGGUUCACUGUCCACUCACGAUGCACUUGCAUCACUCACAAAAGACGAUAGAUCACGAAGAAGUCUGGUUUCUCGAACCGAGUCGCCUUCCUCUAGCUUUGAGAAGGAAAAGGGCCGUUUUUUUCGUCGCCGGCUGUCACAGUCUACUCUGGCUGAUCGAGACACAAUUCGUGAAUCAGUAAAGCCGCGAGUAGUGCUCAACAAAGACCCCAAUAGAAAACCACCUCCGCUCCCUGAACUUAGCCAAUUGAGCACCAAAAGAGUCAACUUUGCCAUCGAUAAGCUUCCCAACGAUCCCCAGCAGCAGAUUCCUUCGCGAAGACCGAGAAAGGGAAACGUACUAAUUCCUGAAGAACUCACAGCACCACCACCAAAGCUUUCUCAGGGCAUUUCCACCAUGGAUGGCACCAAGUCGACCAUCAAAAAACCAUACUCGGAGCGGGAGCUCCAAUUGGCUAUCGAAGCCCAGAAAAAAGCUCUCAUAGAGUCGGAGAAACACGGCCAGGAAGCGUACUUGGCAGCCAAGAAAAUUGCCAAUGAAGUGGCUCAUUUUGGUCGCAGAAUGGACGGUACCACCUUGGUAGCCGAGUCCGAUGACGAAGAAGACGAUGUUAUGGAAACCAGCUCCACGGUAGAAAACGACAUCGAAAUCGAUAAACCACUUCAUGUUCAUGAAAAUCAUUUCGAACCCGAGGAAGACGCCCCUGAUGGUCAAGACGAAGAACUGUCGCUAGAAACGGUUUAUACUCGUUGCUGCCAUUUACGGGAAAUCUUACCGAUUCCUGCCACCUUGAAACAACUCAAGAACAAAUCGCGGCCUCUUCAAGUGUUGAAAUUGCUCAAUCCCAAACCAACGUUGAUCGAUGUUUUGUCGUUCAGUGAUUUCAUUGCCAUAACCCCCAUCAACACCGUGAUAUUCGACAAUGUUUCCAUGACCACCGAGAUGCUCAAACACUUUCUUUCGUCGUUGGUAUACAACAAAUCGCUUGAAAAAUUGUCGCUCCGCAACGUUGCAAUCGACGAUCUUGGGUGGAAGUAUCUCUGUGACUUUCUCUCUCGCAACCAGACCGUCAAAAAGUUGGAUAUUUCUCAGCAAAAGGUGAAACCAGACACCCCCAGCAACGCCAUUCGGUCCAAUAUGAACUGGAAUUUAUUCAUCAAGUCAUUGGUAAUACGAGGCGGUUUGGAAGAACUCGUUUUAAAUGGAUGUAAGCUUUCUGACCAGCAAUUCACCCGCCUUAUGAAGGAAGCCAUCGUGACCUCGACAAGAAGACUCGGACUCGCAUCGGUCGAGCUCAACAAAUACAAGGCUCAACUCGUCAGCGAUUGGAUUUCCCAGCCGGAUUCCUUGUGUAUGGGUGUGGACGUAGCUUUCAACGACUUGAGCCACGGCCAGCUUGACCCUUUUAUCAAUGCUUUUAGCAAAGGCAAUCGAAACUUGCGGUACUUUUCACUAAACUCGACCAAGUUGAACGAUGUGAAUGAGUUCUCACGGCUUCUUGAAGCGCUAAUUCACAUCGAAACCUUGCGGUUUUUGGACUUGAGUUCUUUGCCAGAUUUGUUUCCCGGCAUAAUUCCUCGUCUCAACACCUAUCUUCCCCAGUUUCCAAAUCUCAAAAGAAUCCAUUUUGAUCUCAAUGAACUUUCGGCCCAGGCUAUCAGUGCUAUUGCUGAUAUCAUUGCGAAAGUGGACGGCUUGGUCCAUGUUUCAUUUUUGGGUAACAGAAACCUCGAAGGCGAAGCUAUGGCCUCACUAUACUCAGCGGUGAAGGUUUCUAAAUCGCUUUUCACCUUGGAUAUCGACUACGAUUUGGUGUCUGACGACUUUUCGCAAAGAUUGGCGUUCUACUUGACGAGAAACAUGAGUCGUGCCAUGAAUGUGGAGUACCAUUUGCCCACCGAAGAACAAGAGGAACUCAUGUUUGACGGCUCACUACUCAUGGAAACGGCCGAGCGACUUUUGGUGGAGAAUGAAAAGGGCAUAGAAAAGAAAGAAGACUUGAAAUUAAAGAAGAUUGUUGCCGAUGCUCUCAUUGAAAGAACAGAAGCGCUCCGCAAGGAUAUUCAUACAACCAUCGACAGGCUCUUUGAAAAACGUAACAACAACCAGUUAUCGUUUGAAGGAAAGGAAAAUCUCAUUCGGUUCUGUCUUCUCGAUGCCUCGUUGGAAAAAGUGGUCCAUUUAUUUGAAGAGCAAUCGAGCAAAUAUGGCACUCCAAUGAGUCCUUCUCCCUCAAUUACUCUCAACCACGCCGAUAAGCAAGAAGAGAACCGAACUAGUUCAAUGCAUCAGAAUUUCCACGACAUGCUUCAUGAAAGUUCAAGUGAAUUGAUAACGGCUGGUCCGAUUUUGUCACCACGAAAUGUUGUUGGGGAAACUUCUGGAGGAUAUUUUGGAGGAGAACAAAGUUUACAACCGCAUCAAGUGGUGCUUGAGUCGUCGUCCGAUGGAAGAAACGUACCCAUUGACAAUCUUACCGGACGGCCAGUUUUAAUGAAAUCGAUUUCGCAAACCUCAUUACAUGCCAAAGAGCAAGAACAAGAAGAAGGAGAAUUCCACCGUUUGGGAUACUUCAUGCAACGACAUAGUAAUGACGAAAAGAAAGAGAAACCCACCCUCAACGCCCUACCUUCUGGGUCUGAGCUUCGCGAUGCUAUUCUCACUGCCAAGGGAAUCGAAUCGGUGACAGAUUUGAUAGACAACAUUAAUAACCAAAGAGUCAGCAUCGAUAAGAUUUACGAAGUGAAAAAGAAGCCAGAAAAGAAUGAAGAGGUAACCGAGGAUCCAGACGAGAUUGCAUCGAUCGACUCUGAAAAGUCGCAAGGAGCGGAAGUGAACGCUGUGGUGGAUCAAGUCUACGAUCGACUUCUCAAUGAUGCCCAGAGAGUCAGAUCCAACAAGCAGGAAUAG